AUGUCAAAAUCCGCGCUUGAAAUCGCCAAAGCAGCACGAGCAGCCUUUGAGGCGUCUCAGUUGCUCACAUCGGAACAGCGCACAAAUGCAUUGCUCGCCGUCCGAGAUGAGCUCGAGCGGCAAAAGGAUGCAGUGCUCGAGGCCAACAGAAGAGAUAUGAGUGAACUGAGUGAAACACAGGCGGCAGAGGAACUCGUCGCAGCAGGCAAACUAUCCGCGUCGUUGGUCAAGCGGCUCGACCUUUCGUCGACCGAAAAGUGGAACUCUAUGCUACAAGGAGUGUCAGAUGUGGCAAAGCUAGCAGAUCCUACCAACAAAGUGACCUACGCCACCAAACUCGACGAUGGCCUCGAGUUGUAUAGAGUGACGUGCCCGAUUGGCGUUCUUCUCAUCAUCUUUGAAGCUCGCCCCGAGGUUGUCGUCAAUAUUGCCUCCUUGGCCAUCAAGUCCGGCAAUGCUGCUAUUCUCAAAGGAGGUAAAGAGUCCACAGAGUCCGCCAAGGUACUGGCAAACUGCAUUCGCACUGCGCUUGCCUCUUCAAGCGUGCCUGAGGAUUAUAUCCAAGUCGUCCAAACGCGUGAGGAGAUUUCAGAACUGCUGGAGCAAGACAAGUACAUCGACCUGGUGAUUCCACGGGGAAGCAAUGCACUCGUUUCCCACAUCCAACAUUCAACGCGCAUCCCGGUGAUGGGCCAUGCAGACGGCCUCUGCACAGUCUAUCUAGAUGCCUCGGCGGAUUCGGCAAAGGCAUGUCGCGUGGCGGUGGACUCAAAGACGAAUUACCCUGCGGCAUGUAAUUCUGCCGAGAUCCUUGUCGUGCAUAAGGAUAUUUUGGAGAGCGUGUGGCCCCGCGUGGCGGACGCACUAGUCAAAGCCGGUGUCGAGCUGCGGUGCGACGAGCCAUCGCUAACCUCGAUCAAGCCAUCACAGGACAGCGACUUGAUUAAACCAUCAAUUUCAACAGACUAUGACACUGAAUUUCUCAACUUGACAAUGGCUGUCAAAGCGGUGGCGAGUUUCGACGAGGCGGUGGCAUUCAUCAAUACGCAUUCUUCCCACCAUACGGAUGCGAUAGUGACCGAGAGUCAAGAACUCGCACGUCGGUUCUGCAGAUCAGUCGACAGUGCAGGCACGUUUGUCAACGCGAGCACACGGUUUGCAGACGGACUUCGGUACGGGUUCGGGACAGAAGUUGGGAUAAGUACCGGCCGGACCCACGCAAGAGGCCCGGUGGGACUCGAGGGGCUGGUGAUCUACAAAUAUGUCCUGAUGAGUGGCGGUCAGGAUGGCCACGUUGUUGGUGAAUUUGGAACUGGUGGAAGGGCAUAUCAGCAUUCGCCUCUGGCGCCCAGCUUGCCCUAUUGA